AUGGCAGCUUUGAGCACUCACGAAGCAGCGCUGCCUGUGGGGCCCGGGCCUGCAGAACACGGGCCUCAUGGACAUGGAACGCAGCCACAUUCAGAAGGUCAACUUGAUGGGGUGUGGCUCAAUGCUGAUUGCCCUUGGGAAUACUACACAGUGAGUGGGCAGCGAGUGAGAAGAACCAAUGCCCAGGGCAGUAGAGAGUUCAGUAUCCAUUGGAACCCAGCAAGGCUGUCAUGGCAAUGGGGCAGGCAUGGUCGUCUUACGAUGCAGUGGCUUGGGAUUGACUCCAUCGCAUGGGUGCCAGAUAUGUCAUUUGAACACAGCCGUGUUUGGCGUUGGCGGCGCGUGUGCGAGCACAGCCGUCAUGCUCGCCGUGAACAUCGAAGCCGCAGCCGGAGCAGGAACUGGCGAUGCUAUCGACGAGCCAGGAGUGAAGCACCACUACCUUGUGGCCUCACUCAUCGCGAAGUCUACAGCUUGCUCUCCCGUGAAAUCACUCCAGAGGACUACGAGAUGUUGUUGCGACUUGAUGAAACGGUUCCGAAGAAGGGAAAGGCCACAGAGGAAGAGACCAGUGAAGCCCUUCAUCCUGUCUCUUGUGGUGAGUUCAUGGGAAAACAGAAGACUUUGCAUGACAAGGGUGCCCAGAGACGAAAAACAGCGGCCGGGGAACUGGAGGAAAGACAUGCAAGGCCCAUCUCGCACAAGUCCAAGUACGCAGGUGUCACUUGGCAUCCCCGAUUGCUGAGAUGGCAGGUUCACGUCCGAGAUCCAGACAUGGAGGCAUUGUUGAGCUUAGGGCUCUUCUACGCUGAGAGAGAUGCUGCCCAGGCCUACGACUGCGCAAUGAUGGUACUUGAGGGUGAAGAUGCGGCUGUUAACUUCCCAGUGAGAAAGUAUUCAAGGACUGAGAUAGCCACUGUGGAGCGCUCUAUGUUCGACGAUUGGGCACCUCGUCCUUCUGCAAGGUUUCUUGGUGUCUACAAGACCCGAAAUAGCAAGAUGUGGAGGGCGGAGAUCGAGAUCUUCGACAAGAAACAGUUCUUGGGCAGUUUCAAUGAUGAAGAGGAGGCAGCCCGUGCAGUAGAUCGCUCGAUUCGGAGCACAGGGGCGGACAAGGCCACACAGCUGCGCAUGCUCAAUUUCCUCGAGGAAACCGACUACUUUGAUGAUCUGUGGGAUGAGGAGCGAGCUCCUCGUGGUGGUUCCUCUCGCUUCUUAGGCGUCUCCUAUCAUCAAGCCUCCGGGCUGUUCCUGGCACGGCUUGGCAGAAGGCAUUUGGGCCUCUUCGAUGAGGAGGAUGAAGCGGCGAGGGCCUUCGAUGAGGCAUCCUUGGCGAGCAACGGCCGGACCAACUUCAAACCUCCGGAAUCGUAA